GUUCCGGGUCAUGAGUGGGACGUGCGGAAGACUAUACUAAGUAACAGGGGCCAUGACUGGAGGCUGGGUACUUGAUUCCGGAGCUUUGGAAGGGGAUCAGGAAGGGGAGGAACUCCCAAACGUUGCUCUCUAGAAAUGCGGUUUGUAGUUCAUGGACUCUGCCCUCCUGAUCCCAGCUUGCAAUUUAUAAGACUUGGGAAUGGAGCUUAGAGAAAAAUUAUGGCCACGCUCAAAAUGGCGGAAAACUUGGAGCCACGGACGCAAGGGGCGGAAGCGGAAAUACGUUUACUUCCUACAUGUGCCCCUCCAGGUGUGGUGUAAACGGCGCAGGACCUAGGUGAGUGGUGUGGAGCUAAGUGUGGAGUGUGAUUGCUGUGUGGAGUGGGAAAUGGAAAGCGGAAUCUAGUGCUUCGGGAGGAGACGUUCUCAAUUUCUCCGACCUUCUCCCCAUAUUGAGUGACACUCCCCCGUUCAACCAUGGGCAAGAAAGGAAAAGUCGGGAAGAGCCGGCGGGACAAGUUCUAUCACUUGGCGAAGGAGACCGGUUACCGCUCCCGCUCUGCUUUCAAGCUGAUCCAGCUCAAUCGCCGCUUCCAGUUCCUGCAAAAAGCCCGAGCCCUGCUGGACCUGUGUGCCGCGCCAGGGGGAUGGCUGCAAGUGGCUGCCAAGUUUAUGCCAGUGUCCAGUCUUAUAGUCGGAGUGGACCUGGUUCCAAUCAAGCCUCUCCCCAAUGUGGUGACACUCCAGGAGGACAUCACAACAGAACGCUGUCGACAGGCCCUAAGGAAGGAGCUGAAGACCUGGAAGGUUGAUGUUGUGCUCAAUGAUGGGGCACCCAACGUUGGGGCCAGCUGGGUCCAUGAUGCUUACUCACAAGCCCAUUUGACACUGAUGGCUCUGCGAUUGGCUUGUGAUUUUCUGGCUCGUGGUGGCUCUUUCAUCACUAAGGUUUUCCGCUCCCGAGACUAUCAGCCCCUGCUAUGGAUCUUCCAGCAGCUGUUCCGCCGUGUCCAGGCCACCAAGCCCCAAGCCUCUCGCCAUGAAUCUGCAGAGAUCUUUGUAGUCUGCCAGGGAUUCCUGGCUCCUGACAAGGUUGACAGUAAAUUCUUUGAUCCCAAAUUUGCCUUCAAGGAAGUUGAAGUUCAGGCUAAGACUGUUACUGAGUUGGUAACUAAGAAGAAGCCAAAAGCUGAAGGCUAUGCUGAGGGUGACUUCACUCUCUAUCACCGUGCGUCAGUCACUGACUUCCUACGAGCUGCCAACCCAGUUGACUUCCUCUCCAAGACCAGCGAAAUUUCGCUGGAUGAUGAUGAGUUGGUGCGGCACCCGGCCACCACUGAGGAUGUCCGGGCAUGCUGUCAGGAUAUCAAAGUGCUGGGGCGCAAGGAGCUCAGGUCCCUGCUGAACUGGAGAACAAAGCUUCGGCGACAUGUGGCCAAGAAGCUGAAAGAGCAAGCAAAGGCACUGGACAUCAGCCUCAGCUCUGGAGAGGAAGAGGAAGAAGGUAAUGAGGAAGAGUCAACAGCUGGGACCAUGAGGCAGUCCUCUAAGGAGGAGGAAGAGGAGGAACAACUAAACCAGACCUUGGCAGAGAUGAAAGCACAGGAGGUGGCGGAGCUGAAGAGGAAAAAAAAGAAGCUGCUGCGUGAGCAGAGAAAGCAGCGAGAGCGUGUGGAGCUAAAGAUGGAUCUGCCUGGGGUUUCCAUUGCAGAUGAGGGAGAAACCGGCAUGUUCUCCCUACGCAGUAUCCGUGGUCACCAGUUGUUAGCAGAAGUAGCACAAGGGGAUAUGAGCGCUGCAGACACGUUUCUGUCUGAUCUGCCACGGGAUGACAUCUACGUAUCAGACGCUGAGGAGGACGAGGACGCAUCACUGGAUAGUGACCUGGAUUCAGAGGAGCUGGCAGGAGGUGGGGGACAGCAGGGUCUAAAGGACCGGAAGUGUGUGCAGUUUGCUGAAGUAGAAGAUGGUAAAGAGGAGAACCAGGAAGAAGAGAAUCCACUGCUGGUACCUCUAGAGGAAAAAGCAGUCCUGCAGGAAGAACAAACCAACCUGUGGUUCUCAAAGGGUGGCUUCGAUGGGAUUGAGGAUGAUGCUGAUGAGGCCCUAGAGAUCGGCCAGGCCCAACUGUUGUACCAAAGUCGUCGUAAGGGGAAAGAGCAGCAGCAGCAGCAGCAGCAGCAGCAGCAGCAGCCUUCAAGUUUGAAGACAGAGAGAAUAUCUUCCCAGUGCCAAGAUGAGGCACCUAAGGGGACAGAGGCUCCAUCAGGAACAGAGGCUGCCCCUACCCCUGAAGGGGAAGAAAAAGAUGACGGUUCAGAUAGUGAUAGCAGCAGCAGUGAGGAUGAAGAGAGGGAACCACACCGAGGUAAGAAGCGGAGCCGGGGGCCUAAAUCCGAUGAUGGGUUUGAAGUCGUGCCUAUUGAGGAUCCAGUCAGACAUCGGAUACUGGACCCUGAAGGCCUUGCUUUAGGUGCUGUUAUUGCCUCUUCCAAAAAGGCCAGGAGAGACCUCAUAGAUAACUCCUUUAGUCGGUAUACAUUUAAUGAGGAUGAAGGGGAGCUUCCUGAGUGGUUUGUGCAGGAGGAAAAGCAGCACAGGAUAAGGCAGCUGCCUAUUGACAAGAAAGAAGUAGAGCAUUACCGAAAACGCUGGCGGGAAAUCAAUGCACGUCCCAUUAAGAAAGUGGCUGAGGCUAAGGCCAGAAAGAAACGGAGGAUGCUGAAGAAACUGGAGCAAACCAAGAAGAAGGCAGAAGCUGUGGUGAACACAGUGGACAUCUCAGAACGAGAGAAGGUGGCACAGCUGCGAAGUCUCUACAAGAAGGCUGGGCUUGGCAAGGAGAAACGCCAGGUCACCUAUGUUGUAGCCAAGAAAGGUGUGGGCCGCAAAGUACGCCGGCCAGCUGGAGUCAGAGGUCAUUUCAAGGUGGUGGACUCAAGGAUGAAAAAGGACCAAAGAGCCCAGCAACGUAAGGAGCAGAAGAAAAAGCACAGGCGGAAGUGAGCAGAGCUACCCAGGCCUCUGAGAAGCCAGCGUAAGGACUGGGGGGAAAGAGUCAUGCUACUUUGGCCUGCUUAGAGCCAGCCCCAACCCUUGGCUUGUAUUGCAGUUGUCUGAAAAGACAGUGAGGUGGGGUAUUUUGGUAUUUUAACUCUUGUGGUAUGUGUGGUGAGGACACCCUCCUGCCUGAGAGAAGCUCUCCCAUUAAAGCACAGCUGAAACGUCUCGGUGGUGCAGUUCACCUCCCCAACCCUUCCAUGAAUAUGGAGUAUUGGAUGAAAACAGUCAAGCUUUCUUAAAUCAUAAGGGGAAGUUCAGUGUUGGGGCGGCCUUCCUUGUAGUCUGUUCUUGGGCAAGUGGGCCUCUCAAGUCUUCCCUCAGUUCUGCCACUACUGGGUGUAAAAACCCUGCAUUUUGUGGGUUCAUAUUAUGUGCCGUAUUUAAUAGGUUUUAAACUCAGUGUGGGCAGAAAUGACAAACAAUCCACAGGUCCCAGUAGUAAAACAUUUACUAGAGCAAGCAGAAAGGAAUGCACAUCUUAAAGAAACCUUCACAAAGUCACAAAAUUUAGAUUUUGUAUAUUUCUUUUCCUUGUAUAAACAAGAUAGAACAAAAAUCAUCAAAAUCAUUUCAGCAAAAGAUUUCUCGACUACGUGACAAGUUAAAAAAAAAAAUACAAUGAAAUAGAAGACACUUAAAAUUUAAAAUUUGCAGUAUCUCAGACCAGAGCAAUCCUGGACUGGUUUCCAGGACCACCUCUUCCUCUUCAGUCGUAGCGGCUCUGGGAACCUCAAAGCCUCCUGAAGGCUGCCGCUGCCUACAUGUCUCAGGGCCGGACAAGAGCCUGGGCAUCGACCCCACUUAGAAUUGGACACCUCCCUUCUCUGCAAUGUCUGGAGCCACCAAAUUGCUUCCUACCUCAUCCCUGACCUCAAUGGACUGUGUUUCCAGAAGCCACCUCCUAAAAAGAGAAUUGCCUGGCUACACAGCUAGGAAAAAGAAUUCUAUUCUGUAGGUGUUUAUAAGGUGACAUUUUAGUAGAAAAUGCAAACUACACAGAAACCUGGAGUGAGCUGUGCCCUACAAGGCCCUUUCUUUCCCGGGUAUCUGCUACUGACCCUCAUGACCAUACAUGCAGAGCCAAAAGGGUCCCAGCUCUCACUGCUUCCAAAGACCAAAACACUUUCCCAAGGAACAUCACAAAAUGAUUCAGAGGAAGGAGUAGUAAUGUCUCCUAGCUCCAGCUGUAAGGGCAGGGAGUCCUCACACCCUGGGCCCCAACCCAGCCCUGAGACACCUAGUUACCAAAACCUUAUCUAAAAAUAAAAUUAAAGAUGACUGAUUCCACCUUUCGGCACAUGCCCUCUAACUGUCCCAUCGACUUUUCUUGCGUUUGGGUGGCUCAGGGACAGCAAAACCAUCAGCUGUCUUAUCUGUCUUGCUGUCCAUCUUGUCCAUCUUGCUGCUGUCCCCCUUGGGGUCCAUCUUGCUCUCACGAUUACAACCUUCUUUCCUGCUUUCACCAUUCCGACCAUCGUUUGGACCCCGGCUCUCCCCGUGUCGGCCUCCACUUCCUCCAUGCCUGUUCUCCCCAUGCCGAUGGCCAUCAGCAUGACGGCUGCUUUCUGGGUAGCGGUAUCCAUCUCCAUGGCGACCACCAUCUCCAUGUCGUGGGCUGUCGCCAUGCCGAUUGCCACUCUCUCCGUGACUAUGGCGGCUGCCACCCCGGUUGUCAGUGUAUCUCUCUCUCUUCCCAUUGCCUCCCCCAGUCCCUUCUCGGCUGUUACUCCCUGGAGCUGUGUUGUUGACUCCCUGGGCUCCAGCAGUCGGGUAGGUCACUGGGGCACUGCUGAUGUUCCCAGUAUUGCCAAAGCCUGGGAUGCUUUUGGCAGCACUGGUGAGGGGGCUGUCAGGACUGCUGUGACCCUGUUGGGCUGAACUGGUUGGAACAGAAUUCAAACUCCCUGCACUAGUCCAUCCACUUGCCCCAGCAGCAGAGCUCCCAGCUUUCUGGUUGCUUAGGCUGGCAGCAACGAAGUGACUCUUGUACUGUGACUGAAAGAGAAAACACAAGUAGGUAAAAUAGCAAGUUCAAGAAACUUGAAUACAUAAGCUUGGCAAUAAUAAUGAUAGCUAUACAAACUCUGUGCAAUCUCGGCACUGUGACAUUAGUAUGCUGACAUCCCCACAGUCCCUGUGGUUCUUGUGCUGUAAGGAAAGAUCAUGGACCUUUGUGGAGAGAGAGACCUCAAUGUACUGCAAUUUACUUUACAGCCUGACUAGAAUAAAGCAUCUACAUAUAAAACAAUUCAACA